AUGGACACCAUCAUCGCAUACGCACCAUACUCAACACUCAUCGCCCUCCGUUCGUCCUCAAGAGAAUACCGCAAAGUGGUCGACAAGCAUUUGGGGCGAAUCAUCGUCACGGAGGCUGGUAACAGUACCCGGCGCCUGGAAAUAUCUAGCGUUCACUCCCACCUCCCAACACUGUACGAGGGAUGUGGCUUGGACGGAGAACAGCAUAUCAACGAGAUUCUGUCCAUCGCGACGGUCGUUGACUUUGUCUCUCCUAUUAGCGCCGGAUCGCUUGCUUCCCUCUUGCCCGCAUGUCGCAACGCAAGAGUGAUCCGAAACCGCUACCCGACCAUCCAUCAGCCACGCGCCUCCACAUGGCCCACGACUUUGAGGUCGUUGAUAUCGUUUACGGCGUUCAAGACGACUGUCUACGAGGGGGUCGAACGUCUGGUUAUCAACCUCCAUCUUGACCCUGCGUCGCCCUCGCGCUCCAUGCAGGUUAUACCCAUUCCCGCCUCGGUCCGCCACGUCGUCUUCAUUGUCCCCUCUAUGAGCCUUCCUGAUCGCCCACCCACUCCCCCCUGGGACACGGACGAGUGGCAGCCGAGCCCCCUCGCCAUGAGCACUGCGCAGUUCAACAACAUCAUUCUGCAGAUUGCCAACGGGUUCAGCAAUGGCCCGCCGCACGUACGCUACACCAUCGUAGGGGUCACCAAGCCACAUGCCGGCUGGUUUGGCGUAGGACCAGCCGACGGAGGAGGGACGGUGACGCCCGACCGAGUAGGAGCCGACAACAAGAGCAACGGGCACGCAGGUAACAGGGGCAUUAUCGACACUGUGCAUGACCGCGUACGCAACGUCCUGGUCGCGGGCAAGUGGACGGAGGAGCAGGUGGUUGCGGCUGUCAAGACCAUCCAGUUCAUGACGCAUGAGGAGUAUAGUGCCGUCAUGGGAGUCGAGCAGUACGCUCUGGAGACGAUUCAGUAA